UGGACAGCCCGUUCCAUUAGUAUAGAGCUCACUGGGGAUAACUAGUCUGCCCCGGGUCAGCCGCCAUUUUGUUCGGCUCUGGGUCACCCGAGUCACUGACUCAAAAGUAUCCCUGAAGAUAGCCAAUGGUUAUUCAAUGCCAUUUCGAAAUAAUUUGACCACGGCCUACUAAAGAGCUGUGACCCUGUGACUGUCAAUAAUUGACAUGAGGAAUUAACCUCACUUAUCUUGUUCUAGUUUAUCAUUUUUCAGCAAGUGUUUAUUAUUGUUUUAAUUACAGUUCCUUGUUGCAUUUCUUUGUAUUAAAAUGGGAAACAAAUCAUCAUUGCUCUUACAAGAGGAAGAAAUUGCUCAGAUUCAGGAUGAAACUGGUUUCACACCGAACCAAAUCGAACGACUCUACAGUCGGUUCACCAGUCUCGAUCGCAGCGACUGUGGCACCCUGAGCCGAGAGGACUUUCUUCGCAUACCUGAACUGGCGAUCAACCCAUUGGGCGAGCGAAUCGUCAAUGCAUUCUUCAAUGACGGAUCGGGCAACGAUCGAGUCAACUUCAGGCAAUUCAUGCAAGUCUUGGCUCGCUUCCGACCCAUCAAGAAGUCCAAGGAUAACACUCUCAAUUCUCGGGAGCAGAAACUCAAAUUUGCCUUCAAGAUGUAUGAUUUGGAUAAUGAUGACAUGAUUUCAAGAGAUGAACUACUGGCUGUUCUCCAUAUGAUGGUUGGAGCAAAUAUCAGUGAAGAACAGUUGACAUCAAUUGCAGAGCGCACGAUACUCGAAGCAGACCAGAACGGAGACCAAACGAUUUCUUUUGAAGAAUUCUGCAAAGCUUUGGAUAGGACAGACGUCGAACAGAAAAUGUCUAUAAGAUUUCUCUCUUAAUUCGUAACUAAAAUGAGACUUGUACUUAGAGCCUUUUGGUUGUAGCACAAAAUACUAACACAUCAUAAUAUUCCAGUCAACAUACUUGAAAAGUAUGUUGAGAAAUUUUUAUUUUUAUAGUUACCAACCAUUAAACUUGUUAUUUCAAUGCCUAAAUGAGAUACUCCAAAAGAUAACUUACAUGCUUCUAGGUUCGUAUUUUGUGCAACAUAAUAUCCAAGCUUUAUGCAUUUCUUGAAUCAUUUUAUUAUUUAUUGGAUAUUCUAUAAAUAAAUGCUACAUAAUAUAUUUUAAUUUGGUAGAAAA